UAAAAUUGCUAUUUUCUCGUGUUUCUUCUAGAAUGGUCUGCAUUUUCGUUGAUAAUUCCUCAAGUUAAUAUUCAACUUAUUGUACACGCCGUCUUUGAACUGAAUAUUUCUUCAAUUAUUUCAUCAUAAAUUAUUGCAUCCAACAAAUAAUAUUCCUAAUAUAAAUAAAUAAACAACUUUCAAGAGGUAUUUCAUAAAGAAAAGUUCAAAAACACGAUCUGAGUCAUGAGCAAAGUGAAUGAACUAAAGGAAAAAGGCAACAAAGCUCUUAACGAAGACCACUUUGAUGAAGCUAUCGCCGCAUAUACAGAAGCCAUCGCUCUAGAUGGAAAUAACCAUGUUCUCUACAGCAAUAGAUCUGCUGCAUACGCCAAGGCCGGCAAAUUUGAAUUGGCUCUGGCUGAUGCCGAGAAAACGAUUGAGCUCAAUCCCACAUGGCCGAAAGGAUAUUCAAGAAAGGGAUCCGCCCAUGCUGGCUUAAACAAUUUUCCAGAAGCCUUUGAAGCCUACUCUGAAGGUCUAAAGCACGAUCCUCAAAAUGCUAUGUUGCUCCAAGGGCGUCAAGAAAUCCAAACGGCUCUUAUCAACUACAUGACAAGAAACAUGUCAACUCCAAUGGACAUCGACCCACCCAAGCCGAAGGAAGAACAAAAGCCCAAAGAGCCACCAAAGCCAGCGGAGCCAAAACUUGAGGACAUGAGCGAAGAAGAACGCAAAAAAUACCUAGCAAAGAAAGAAAAAGAUACUGGAAAUGGAUACUACAAAAAGAAGGACUUUGAAAAUGCCCUCAAGUAUUACCAUAAAGCUCUCGAAAUCGACCCAACCGAUAUCACUUUCUACAACAACAUAGCUGCCGUUUAUUUUGAGCAGAAAAACUAUGAUGAAUGCAUAAAGCAAUGUGAAAAAGGUAUCGAAGUUGGUAGAGAAAACCGGGCUGACUUUAAACUCAUUGCAAAGGCUUUGUCACGUAUUGGAAAUUCUUAUCGUAAACUAGAGGAUUACAAACAAGCUAAAAUUUACUAUGAAAAAGCAAUGUCUGAGCACCGGACACCCGAGAUUAAGACACUUCUCAGUGAAGUCGAAGCUAAGAUUAAGGAAGUUGAGCGUCGAGCCUACAUAGAUCCGGCGAAAGCUGAAGAAGAAAAGGAAUUAGGCAAUGAAUUAUUUAAAAAAGGCGAUUAUAGUAAUGCUAUUAAGCACUACACGGAAGCUAUUUCCAGAAAUCCAGAUGAUCCCAAGCUUUACAGCAAUAGAGCUGCGUGCUACACAAAGCUGGCUGCUUUCGAUUUAGGCUUAAAAGACUGCGAAAUGUGUAUUAAACUGGACAGUAAGUUUAUCAAGGGAUACAUUCGCAAGGGUAAAAUCUUACAGGGAAUGCAACAAGCAACUAAAGCUUCAGCUGCUUACCAAAAAGCUCUUGAGAUUGAUCCAAGCAAUGCUGAGGCUGUUGAGGGAUAUCGUUCGUGUUCAAUGGCUUUCCACAAUAAUCCCCAAGAAGUAUGGAAGAAUGCUAUGGCAGAUCCUGAAGUACAACAAAUUCUGAAGGAUCCGGCCAUGAGGUUGAUCCUCGACCAAAUGCAGAACGAGCCAAAUGCUGUUAAAGAGCAUUUGAAGAAUCCUGCGAUAGCUGAUAAGAUAAUGAAGCUCCUUGAAUCUGGAAUCAUUCAAAUUCAUUAAAAACAAACAAAAUAUUUAAUUAUAAAAUAAAAAGCAAACAUAACUACAUAAUUGAUUAAAAAAUGCUUGCACACCAAGAUCGGCGCUUUCGAUUACGACUUUCUUUUGUUUGGGUUUCCUCUAUUUAAGAGGCGUAAAUAUACUCUCCGGGAACGUCUAUCUCUUAAUAUUAAACUAUAAUAAUUCUUUUUAUAGAAAACAAAAACAAACCUAUAAAUAAUAAUAACAACAAUAUAAAAAUAAUAUUAAAUAUAUGUACGUCAAAAUUUAGCAUAUGUUCAAAUUCGUAGAAGCUCUUAUUUUAUUUCUUCUCACAUAAAACUAAAUGCCUUCGUUUCAAAUGAAAUAAAAAAAGUCAAUCUUAAAAUAAAUUUUAAAAAUACAAAUCGACCUAAAAAGUGAAUGUUAACCGAAUUAACGUUAAAAGUGAAACUUUUCAUACAGAAAUGCAAACAAAAAUCAAUAGAAAUAUAGCAUAUUCCGUAAUGUAUAAAAAUAAAAUAGGUAAAGAAAUAAUAAAGCUACACCAUUAUGGGCCACAAA